UGCAAUUAAUAAAAUUAACAAAACAAUGGAGAAGAGCCAUGGCAGGGGGAGAAUAGGAACUGAAAAUGGGGCACCAAUUUCCAUUCAUACCGUUCUCCUUCAUCCUCUUCCUUUUUGCUCUUCCUCAUCAAUCUGUUCUCUGCAAAACCUUGAAGCGGGAUGUGAAAGCUUUGACUGAAAUCAAAGCCUCUCUCGGCUGGAGAGUGGUGUAUUCCUGGGUAGGAGAUGAUCCCUGUGGUGCUUCUCACCUUCCACCCUGGUCCGGCGUUACCUGUUCCACUCAAGGAGAUUACAGAGUCGUCACUGAAUUAGAAGUCUAUGCGGUUUCUAUUGUUGGACCUUUUCCUGUUGCGGUUACCAAUCUCUUGGACCUUACUAGGCUGGAUCUUCAUAAUAACAAGUUGACUGGACCAAUUCCUCCUCAAAUUGGACGGUUAAGACGUCUCAAAAUACUGAAUUUAAGGUGGAAUAAACUUCAAGAUGUCAUCCCUCCUGAGAUUGGUGCACUAAAGGGCCUAACUCAUUUAUAUUUGGGUUUCAAUAAUUUCAAAGGAGAAAUCCCCAAAGAACUUGUUACUCUACGGGAGCUCCGCUAUCUCCAUUUAAAUGAAAAUCGCCUUUCAGGGAAAAUUCCUCCUGAACUGGGCACCCUACCCAAUCUUCGGCAACUGGAUCUUGGCAACAACCAUUUAGUAGGAACCAUAAGGGAGCUGAUUCGCCUUGAGGGCUGUUUUCCAUCACUCCGCAACCUGUACAUCAACAAUAAUUAUUUUACGGGAGGAGUUCCAUCACAGCUUGCAAACCUGACUAACUUGGAAAUUCUGUACCUCUCCUACAACAAGAUGUCUGGGAUAAUACCACCUGGGGUUGCUCAUAUACCUAAGUUGACCUAUCUGUACUUGGAUCACAACCAAUUUAGUGGAAGAAUCCCUGAUGCCUUCUAUAAACACCCAUUCUUAAAAGAGAUGUACAUUGAAGGAAAUGCAUUUCGGCAAGGUGUGAAGCCAAUAGGUUUCCACAAGGUUCUUGAAGUUUCUGAUGCUGAAUUCCUUGUUUAGUUAGUAAGUUGAACAGGGACUGCUUACACAGUGGAUUCGAUUUCCCUCAGCAUGGUAGACAUCUCGUUGAAAUGGUAUCCUUGUGUAGAAGCUAUGCUAAUCUUUUUGUAUCGUUUCAUUUUUAUGUAAUGCCUCCGAAGGGAGUGGAAAUCUUGUUUGUGCACGUACAUCCAAAUAGCCGAAAUCUGUAUUUGAUGUUGUCUUUGUUAUAAACUUCAUGGAAGAACUAGGUAAAGGUUGGGAUGUUUGUAAUGUAUAUAGAAGCAUGAUUCAGUUUUUAGAUUAAACUUUACUUUAAAUGAUGUUCUUCAUGUUAA